AUGAACUCCUCAAAACCUCCCCGCAAGCCACUGCAAAUCAUAGUCAUUGGCGCCGGCCUUGCCGGGUGUACCGCCGCCUACAUAUUCUCUACCCGCAAUCACGCCGUGCAGAUCCUCGAAUCCCGCCCCGACCAUGCCUCCCUCUACCGCGGCACGGGCAUCAUGCUGCGCCCGAACGCCACCCGCAUCCUCAGCUCCCCCGCCUUCAAUCUGAGCAAUGCACUCGCGCCUGUGGUUGAUACCUCCGCCUCUACUGCCAUAUACCGCCUCGACACUGGCCAACUGGUGACUGGACGCACGGCAAUCAACGUCAGCACCUUUCCUGACUGGGGAGUGGGGCGAGACGAGGCGCUGCGCGUAUUGUACAGCGCUGCAGUCGAGGUUGGUGCGCAUUUGCAGUUCGGCGCCGUGGUGGAGAGCAUCAACGAGGUAGAGAGGACAGGAGAGAGCGCCGUCAAAGUUCGCCUCCAAGAUGGGAAGGUGCUGGAGGCGGACCUCGUGCUAGACGCAAGUGGCGCGCACAGCAAGCUGCGCCGCGGCAUUCUUCGGGACAUUGGACGGCCAGACGUUGACGCCACCGUUGUAGACGGCACGGCUUACGCGUUCAAAGUGCCUGUAGCGCGACUGCGGGAGAGUACGAUCACGCGCGAGCUGCUGGACUCGACCGACUUGAAUGUAUGGAUGGGUGGCUCCGAGCGGUAUGUCGUAGGCCGGUAUCAAACAACUGCGAACGAGUAUCAUUUUCUGUUCUUUGUGAGCGACGAAAGUGCGGCAGAGACCGGAAUGGACCGCAGAUUGUGGGAUGGCGCUGGAGACGUGGCGCACGUGCGCGAGGCAUAUCGAGGGAAGUGUUGUGCGGCGCUAUGGGAGUGCUUGGGUAUGGUGGAGAAGUGUGAGCGGUGGAGGCUGAGUGAAAUGCCGGACCUUGAGAGGUGGGCAAGUCGGAGUGGGAGGGUAUUGCUGUGUGGCGAUUCCGCUCACGCCAUGCUCCCCAACGCCGCACAGGGUUUCAGCCAGAUUGUCGAGGACGUAGGGGUCCUAGACUAUUUGUUGCAUGGGGAAAGCAGGCUGAUGAGCUGGCGGGUCGGGGAGGUAGUCAAGUUGUGGGAGAAGGCGAGGAUUCCGAGGGUAGCGAGGGUCAAAGCUUUUGCGAGAUGGAACACGGAUGCGUUCAGAGGAGUACUGCGAUUCCAUAGGCGGCAGAAUGAAGGGGAGCAAGGACCAGGAGAGAGAACCGUGGUAGAUCUGAGGGAUGUCAUGCAAGAUGAGAACGCGGACUUUAGCAGUGGCACAUUUCUGAAGUGGGUGAUGGACUUCGAUGCGAUAGAAGAGGCACGAAGGUUCGUGGACAGGGAAGUGGUGAAUAGUGACAAAGCGAAGCUGUGA